GUUUUUCUUGACCUGAAGUGUGUUGUUGAACAGUUUUGGAAGCUACUGCCUGCCAGUAGAAAGUGCAUUUAAAUUAAAUUAAACUGCAGCAAACAUAAGUUAUCCUAGACUAUGGCCAAAUUACGAGAGCUGGCGCCAGAGUUGGCAGACGUAGCGCGCUCUCAGCUCAACGAGGAUGCAGCAAGUAGGGAUGCAAUCAUUGUGGCAUUCCGCACAUGGAUUAACGAACAGAACUACCUGGAGGCUCGCACCGACGAUCAGUUCUUGGUUGCAUUUCUGCGAUUCUGCCUGUGGGACUUGGAAGAAGCCAAGAAACGCAUUGUGUUCUUCUACAACUACAAGUCCAAAGAGCGUGGACUGCUCAAAAGUCGAUCCGUAGACGACAAGUUGCUUGAACUGGUCAGAUCGGGCAUAUUUGCUACGUUGCCAAAUCCGAUUGGACCUGGUGGCCCUCGUAUUCACUAUACACGCAUGGGACGCAUAGAGACUUCCAAGCACAGUGUCACUGACAUCUUUCGCUUCCAUGCCUUCCGCUCCGAAAUCGAGAUCAAUACAGACGACAAUUGGAAUAUUGCUGGCGUUGUUGAGAUUAUUGAUUUCACUAAAAUACCAUAUUCAUUGCUGCUGCAGUUCGAUCCAAGUCUGUUUCGACGCAUGAACGCCUUCCUGGAGCAUGGUAUUCCCACGAAUUUAGUGGCCACGCACAUUGUGAACGCCUCGCGUGAAACGCAAUUUGUACUCACCAUAAUCCGAAAUGUGAUGAAGCAGAAGGAACUGCUGCAUAUACAUCCCAAUAUCGAGUCGCUGCAGAAAGCCAUUGGCAAGGAGUACCUACCAGGGGAGCUAGGUGGCGAUAAUGGUACGGUCAUCGAUGCUGUGUCCCGCUACGAGGCACAGUUCAACAGCUUUGCUUCCUACUUCAUUGAUGACGAGCGUUUCGGUGUCGAUGAGAAGCUGCGCGCGGCCAACGAGAAGGAGCAGCAACGCAAUGCGCAGCUGGUGUCUGGUGUCACCGGAGAAGAGGGCUCCUUUCGCAAGUUGAACUUCGAUUGAGGCUAUUGUUGUGGAUAGGGCAGUUAAUUGUAUAUUCAAAUGCACAUACUAUAUACACACUCCUCCUCACACCACCCUCCAUCUCUCUCUCUAGAUACAUAUAUAUAUAUAUAUAUCCCAUUUAAGUAUCUGUAUAGCGUACAUACCCUAUACAUACAUAUAUGUACGAGUACUACUGCGCUAUAGCGAACUUUGGUCAUAGCAGAACCUGAUAUUUUAUAACAAUUCAUAGAAAAAAUAACAUCGAAACUAAAAGCAAAUUGAUCAAUGUUACAAAAAAAACAAAAACAGUAAAACAAAAAAAAUGUACACUAAAAAAACAACAACAAAAACGCCAUCAAAUGGCAAAAACCUCA